AUGCUAAUGUAAGGUUAUUUUUAAUCUACAUGGCAGAAGGAAAAUUCAGCAGUCAUUGAUAGGGAUCUAUAUUUGUGUUAAUCUAUAGUUAUGUUAAAAUGUGAUUAAUUUGCGUAUAUAGUUUCAUUUAAAGAACUGUUUUUAUCAAUGAUUGAUAUUAUUUACCUGAAUGUACAUCUUAAAUUAUUAUAAUAUUAGUUUCUAAAAAUUUAUUUAAAUUGGUCUUUGUUUCUGCCUUUUUAUUUCAAAUAAAUUUAAAUGCAGUUUUUUAUUCAUCAUAUUUUUUAAAUCGAAGAUGUCGGAUAUUUUACAUUAUUUUGAAAAAUGCAAAGUGAAAAGUCAAGUUCUGUGCUUGAAGAAUCAAGCGUAAGAGCAAGCGAAACUAAAAGUAUCAUACGAAUAGGAGCACCUUGUUGUUUUACUAUUGGAAAUUUAGAAGAUGAUGAUGAGUACAGCUAUGGAUCCCGACAAGAUCUCAGUGCCUCUGCUGAAAUAUCUCAAGAAAUUGAUAAGGAACUGGGUUUGACAGAAAACCAUUUCUCCCGACCUGAGGGAUAUUUUGGUUUUUCUACUUCUGAUGAAUUAAAGAUGGCAAUUGAUGAUUGCAAAGAGAUGAUAAAAUCAGAAGAGAAUGAUACAGAAAAAAAGAAGCAGCUUGUUAAAAAACUUGUGCAACUGAAACUGAAAUUGGAAGAAAUAAAGGAUGGACCCAUUGAGCCUCCUCCUGAUAUAAAAGUAGUAUUAGGUCACAGUUUUGAAGUGCGCAGUUUAGAAAGACCUAAGCAGUAUUGUGAAAAGUGUUGUGGUAUAAUUUGGGGUGUGAUGACCAAUUGGUAUCAUUGUAAAAAUUGUGGUUUUAAAUGUCAUAACAAAUGCCUGAAUCUCAUCACUAGGAUAUGCGCUAAUUCUAAAGUAUUAGAGGAUUGCUCUUAUGAAUUGUCCAUUUGUCCCGAGAUUGGUCUUUCUCAACAAAAAUUCAGGUGUGCAGAAUGUAAAAGAAAGUUUGUAUUUAAAAAUGAUCUAUGUCUUCCCAGAUUGUGUGAUUAUAAUGGUCUUUAUUAUUGCUCUCACUGCCAUUGGAACAGCCUAAGUAUCAUCCCAGCAAGGGUUGUUCAUAACUGGGACUUCACACCACAAAAGGUCUGCCGAGCUUCUCUUCAGUAUCUGAGGCUCAUGGUUAAAAAACCUAUCAUAAAUUUAGAAUCUCUGAAUCCAACACUCUUUGCAUUGGUCACAGACCUAGGGGAUGUUAAGAAAUUAAGAAAUGAUAUUUUAGUAAUGAAACAGUACUUCUUGCUGUGUCAUACAGCUUUAGAAGAAAAGCUUCUUUUGCUACUGAAAGAUCGACAACACUUUGUAGAAAGUGCUGAUAAGUAUACUCUUCAAGAUCUCAUUGAUGUCUCUACAGGUCGCUUAUUAAGUUAUUUAGAAAGGAUCCAUGCAUCAUUUAUUGAACAUAUUACCCAGAAAUGCCAGGGUUGUCAAGGCAAAGGAUACAUUUGUGAAUUUUGUAAAUCUGAAGACAUACUUUUUCCUUUUGAGCCCCGAACUGAAAUGUGUCGCAUGUGUUCAUCAAUUUUUCAUCAGGACUGCUAUUUAAGAUGGGAAGGUGUUUGUCCAAAAUGUGUUCGUAAAGGAAGAACUGCAUCUAAUUCUAAUGAUCAUAACACAUAACACAUCCUGAAAUUGUAUAUUUUAUGUGUGUAUAUAGAAUUUAUUUGUAUAAUGAUUGUUCACUUUUAUGAAUUUAAAAAAUUAUCUAAAAUUGUUUUCAAUGCAUUUUUUAAUAAAAUUAAUAUUUAUUUGAUUGUAAA